UUCCUGCUCUCUAUGAUUUCCUGCCGCGAGGGCACAGCCCGCGCUGGGCGGAAGUGCGCCGUGCUGGGGAUCAUGGCGGCGGUGGAUAUCCGAGAUAACCUCCUGGGAAUUUCCUGGGUUGACAGUUCCUGGAUUCCUAUAUUAAACAACGGAAGUGUGUUAGACUACUUCUCAGAGCGAAGUAACCCAUUCUAUGACCGAACUUGUAACAAUGAAGUAGUCAAAAUGCAACGGCUGACCUUGGACCACUUGCACCAAAUGAUUGGAGUGGAAUAUAUCCUUCUUCAUGCUCAAGAGCCCAUCCUCUUCAUAAUUCGAAAGCAGCAAAGACAGUCUCCAACACAAGACAUGGUGGAAGUGCAAAGAAAAACUGGAUUCUGCAAUGAUUGUCUGAAACAUUCACUGUUAUCAGUCGUUAUCUAUGGGUAUGUUUACAGUGCAACACCCUCUUUACUUCCCCCCUCCUCACCCUGCAGGAGCAAAUCUCAAAGACUGGGUCAACUUGUUUUGGGUUCGCAGGGCUCAAGCUACAGGGCUAAAAAUAGCCUUGUAGACAUUCCCACUUGGGCUGGAGCCCAAUCUCUGAAACACAGCAAAGGGGGAGGGUUCCGGAGCCUAAGCUCCAGCCUGAACUCAAACAUUUACACUGCUAUUUUUAGCCCCGCAGGUUGAGUGCUGCAAGCUAGAGUCAGUUGACCCUAGCUCUGAGACGUGCUGCUGUGGGGUGUUUUGUUGCAGUGUGGAGGCACCCUGAGUGAGCCUGUGGAAAGGCAUUAAGAGGUUUGCUAUCCCCACAGUAAAGCUUUUGUACUGUAAUGUGUUACAGGGUGUUUAUUACCUCAGCAGGAGCUGCGGUCUUUGUAACUUUAUGAGUCUGCAGUGUCCAUGUCUACCUCAUGUAAACUGAGAAUACAAACCAAAUUUCUUUUUCUGUAACCAGUAGCUCAAUAAACUUCUGAAUUUUGCACAAAAUACCAUUUUCAUUAUUCAGUUCUGCUGCAGAAGGGGGCAAGGUAGAGGCUGCAGCUGUGCCGUGCUGCAGGCCACCAUUAUGAACUGGCCAACGGGGUUUUUGGGAGGAGUGGAGUGGAUUGUUUGCUGGGUGAGGGAAAGGGAAACAAAAAUAGGUAAAUGGGCAUGUACAGUCUAUGGGAUGGGCCUAAAAAUGGCCACUAGCCGGAGCUUUAGCCUGAGACAGAGGCUGGUUGCCCAGUUGGAGCAGCCACCAUUUUGGAAAUGUGUAUGGGGAUGCUGAAUGGACAGUGUCGGGGGAGAAAGGAGGGCAGGUGGGGAGCCUCAGACUUGGAAGGGCUCCUAGCUCACAUCUGCCUACAAUGCCUCUGGUCACGGGGCACCCAGAAUAGAAGGUAGCAUGGCAGUAUAGCACAGUUGUAAAGAGAGAUACUUACAUGCUGAGAUUCCCUUGGUAAGAUCUAUCUCCUCAGUCCUGGCCUGAGUUGGUGCCUGGGACUUGGGGUUGGUUGCUGCAGGGCAGGAAUCAGGCCGACCUUCUACCUGGCUGGUUUCAGGGUCCUGAGUCCUGAAAAGAUCCUGGCUUUCCAAGGAAAUGUGUACACUGGCUUCAUCAUGCACAUCCCCGAUGACCCUUGCUUGUUCUCGGGAGAGAGGGGAGUGGGCAGCAGACUUCACAACCUUCCUAGGUGACAGUGUGUUGGUUAUGUAGAUGUUUAAAAUCCUUUCCAACGCCUCAAAAGAGGAUGCUUUCCCUGGCAUCCCUGGGGUUAAUACAAGUCCUCCCGAGCUGUUUGUUCUUUAUCUGGCAUUGCUUGGCAUCCCAGUAAUGAUCUAUUUGGGACAUCUGCUUAGCAGUUUCCACAACGAGAUCUUUAUUCCAGUGGCUGGCCAUAAGAGCUUUUAGCGUCGAUGCUUCUCCCCAGAUGGCCAUGAGAUCCAGGGACUCAGCAUGGCUCCUUCGGGCAUGUUGUAGGACUUCUGGAGUAAUAUCACAGUAAUUGUGAUAUUCUCAAAUCCAGGGAAAUGGGCAAAAUUUUAAAUGGGGGGAGGGGACAUCUGGUUAACUUGGCACCAGAGCGGGAGAGGGCACACAUGUAAACAGACAGAUUGGUGACAGUCGCAAAGCAGUGUGGGAUAGCUGUUGGAGGACUGCCAAAGUAGUGCUCAGCAGCAUUAUGUGCACACAAACAGUACACCAAACUAACUCUAUUUGCAGCAAAGUUAGUGCACUUUGCAGGAGGACUCCAGAGUUUGAGAUAAAUGCAGUUAGUGUGUUAUAACGGAUUUUCUCGUGUAUGCAAGCAUUUUCAAACUGGAUUAUCUUGACUGAAUCCAGUUUAAACUUCCUGUGUAGACAAGCUCUGUGUCUGCCCCGCAACUUCAAAAAACAACAAAGAAACCUUGUUCAACAGUCAGAUUAAAGAAUGCUGUUCAAACCCUGAAGGGAUCACCUCCAACCUGGUUUAGCUGUAGUGGACAGGGCUUUGCAAGGUUUGUUGGAGAACCAUAUUAGUUGGGCCUCCCAGGAAAACCCACAGUACAAGGCCUGAGUCCAAAAAGAUGAGUGUCUGCAGAGUGAGACAUUGUCAAGUAGUAAUGCUGGGGAGGUCAGAGUGAAAGUUAGGAAUGAUUGGUUCCUAUAUCAUAGCUUAUUGUUUGGUUUCCUUGAAUGGCAAAGCACAUUUGAACUGUGUCCAGGACUGCUAGUCUGGGUGCUCUCGUGAUACUGAAAACAGUUUAACUUUCUGUUACUUGUGUUUGUGACAGUGGAACAGGAAUAUAAACUGAUGCUUCCUUGUUUAUAACAUGGGCUUAAUAUUUUCCCUAUCUCACAGGUGUAGUGUGAGGCUUAACUAACUUUUGUAACAUGCUUUGCUAUACAAAAAGGAAAAGGAAGAGGAAAAGAUUGAAAGUUCAAAUUAUCCUGACCAGGUGAAACAGGAGACCGGUGAAAUUAAACAACUUUGUCCCUUGCUUCCCCAGAGCUCUGUUUAUUGACUAAGCUGAUACUGUGUUCCUUAU